GUUCCCGAUCCCACCCAAGAAAGGCGGAGCUUUGCGGGGCAUCUCUCUCAUCUCUCUUACUUAUCUAAGGUCUAGUGGUUCAUGCAUGUAAACUCCAUAGUAUGAUCUGUAAAGGUUACAUAUCAUUAUUGCAUAGUAAUCGAAUAUCUGUGCUGUACCAGUCUGAGGAAAAGCAAUGGGCUCUGUCACAGAAUACUCCGUUCCAGAUGAAGCAAAAACCAUUUUCGAAGAUGGCAUAUUGAGGAACCCGUUACACAAAGACCUCCCGUCCGGCCUGGCGGAUCUCGCCAAGCAUGUGCAGUUUACGGGGUCAAGCCGGCCGAGCAUCCCGAUAAAUUGGCGAUUUGCAGAGAGUAUCUCUGCGCUGAAGGCUUUCGAGGCUAGUAUGUUGAAUCUUCUUGUGUCACGCAAGUAUAAUGUCGAACUAUCUGAUAUCACUAUUAAUACCGAUCAUGCUACACUGUUUGUUAUGAGCCCAAUGGUGAGCAAAUGGCUCAAGAACGGGAAGCCUUCCCAGAUCGACUUAUUCGGUCCGGAGCUGUCGCGGAUGUUCCCUAAUCGAGAUCUACAUCGGUCUACCGAGGGAGAUCAUAGGAUCUUAGCUACUAACAUUUACAAAACAAAAGACGGGAGGUUCUAUCAUGUUCACGGAAGCAUGAACCCCGACCCGUCGUUGACUGCUUUGGGUCUGCCCCUAUUUGGAAAGGCAGAUGAUACCUAUGAGUCGGUGGUUGAAACUAUUCAAGACAAAGUCUCUCAAUUUGAUGCAGCCGAACUCGACGAACUUAUGAAUGAGAAAUACAAGCAGGCCGGGACGAUUGCUUGGACUUCCGAGGAAUACUUUGCCAGCGAACAUGGCCAGGCAAACGGGCGCAUCGGACUGUACGAACUCUCAAGGACCGGCUCACAACCAGCAAGUUGGUGGCCGACAAACGACAGCUAUCCAGCUUCUUCGAAGAGACCUCUAGCUGGACUGAAGGUGGUUGAUCUCUGUCGCGUUAUCGCUGGCCCUGCUAUCUCUCGCAGCCUGGCCGAGAUGGGCGCCAGCGUCAUGAGAAUCACCUCGCCACAUGUCACGGAUAUAUCUGCCCUUCACCAGGACCUGAACUGGGGGAAAUGGAAUGCAUCAUUGCAUCUCAAGGAUGAGGCUGACAAGGAGAAACUAAGGACACUCAUAAGAGAAGCUGAUGUAGUCGUUGAUGGAUACCGACCAGGUGUUAUGGAGCGUCUUGGAUUCGGUCGACAGGCCAUCUUCGACUUGGUUAAGGACAGAGAGCGUGGCAUCAUUCACGGGCGAGAGAACUGCUACGGGUGGCAUGGACCGUGGAGCCAUCGGAGUGGGUGGCAGCAGAUCAGUGAUGCGUGCUGCGGCGUCUCCCGCGCAUAUUCGAAAGCGAUGGGUAAUGAUGAGAGUGAGGCCGUGACCCCGGUCUUCCCGAACUCUGACUAUUGUACUGGCGUGGCCGGUAGCACAGCUGUGUUAGAAGCGCUGAUAAAGCGCGCCCAAGACGGUGGUAGUUACGCAAUCGAUGUUUCUCUGAACUACUAUUCACAAUGGCUCGUACGAUCAUGUGGGACCUAUAGCGAUGAGGUCUGGCAGGAGUUAUGGCAAAGACAUGGAUCGCCUGCUUUCCGCCACUAUCACUCUAUGUUCUAUCUCAUUCCGGCUAUGAUGAAAGUCAUCGUGCAGCAUGGUUCUGAAACUCUCUUCUCUCCAGAUUUCUUCCAGCCUAUGGAGGCUAGGAAUCUUUCUACGACUUUCAUUCGGCCCAAGCCUGUUGCUCGGUUUGCGAGUGGCAUAGAGCUGAAGUAUCAUGUUGGCACUCGUGGAAAUGGCGUCGAUCAGCCUGUUUGGCCUAAGGACCUUACGGUAGAGGUUGUUACGGGGAAUAAUUAGUGCUGGGUGAGCGCUCAGGUAAACCAAGGUAUCUAGCUCGAUACCUAGAUAAAUGCGACCGCUACAGAAGUAGAUACAUUUUCCCUAUGCAUC